GGCCAGGUUGUGACGGUCAACGUCAGCUCGCAUGGCUCCAUCUUCGAGUACAUGCCAGGCAUUGGCGACGACGUGAAGGUGCUGCUAGUUCAAGAGCACCACUUGUUGCCCGAGCGCCUUCAGCAGGCGCAAUCUCAGGCUCGUGAUAUUGGUUGGCAUGGGAUAUGGGCUGCUGCGACGCCGAGUACUGCCUCGGCGACGGGCACGACUGCAGGGGUUGCGAUCCUGGUUCGCACGGACGCGAUGAUCACCGCCCCUAUCUUGGCCGAGAGGGAGGUCGUCACUGGAAGAUGUCUGUUUGCGCAUAUUCACUGGGGUGUGCCUGGAGGUUUCACAGCUGGCAGCAUCUACCUCGACACGAAGGAUGGUAUGGGCCCAGUCAACACGGCCUACCUGUGGGAGACGGUCAAGGCUCCCGCGAGGUUCAACAGCGAGGGGGUGGACUGGCUCAUUGCUGGGGAUUGGAAUAACCAGCCUGCUGAGCUUUUCUCGUCCAGCUGGGCUACGGCAGCCUCGGCAAUACCCUUCUGCCCAAAGGCUACCAGCUUCGAGGAGGCCGAUGACGCGGAAGGGCUUGCUGCUUGCAUGGACGACUUGAUGAUUGGGGUCGAAAGGGAGCUCACCAACCGCUACGACCAUGUGGGGCCUGCUGCGCUGCGCUACUCAGGCCGAGCGGGGGCGACCUCCUUCACGUGGCGGAAGGUGGCCUGGCAGCCACCCCUCAAGCGCACCUACAAGCGCCCGCAGACCUUGGCCUGGAAGGUGGUGCUUCGGUGGUUUAUGCACAUUCAGAAGGAGCGCCACAGACUUCGUACGCUGGUCACCAGGCUUCAGAUGGCUCAUGUUCUUUGUGAUAUUGACCCGCCCCAGUGCGCAGUCUUACUUCAGGCUUUCAGUGAAGUUGGUGGGUAUAUUCGUAACAUCAUGCGCAGCCAAGUGGUGCUCCACCAGAUGCCUGAGAAUGUGCAGGCCUUCCUGAACUCUGGGCUGCAGGUUUUGGUUGCACCUGGCUUCGAGGACCUCCUGCGUUCGGUCGGGAACGAAGCCACUCGGCUGCGCAAGGAGGACCAGCGGGAAUCCUACCGAGCUUGGAUGCAGUUCCAGCGCAAGGCCUUUCAGUCAGGGGCCUCUAUUGCUCAUCGUGUCACCAAGGUGCGGCCGCUGGAGCAGCGCAUUUGGGGCAGGGCCCGACGUGGCAUAUCUCGGCAGUGGGAGCAGCAGCAUCGCACGGACAAUGUGUGGGGCAACAGGUCCCGCUACACCUCGUCGGACAGCGCUUUUAGCCACAAUUUGGACUCGGAGGUGGCUGUGCUGAGGGGCCAGUUCAGUGCGACGGUCUUACUAGAUCUCACGAAGGCGUUCGACAUGGCGCGGCCGUCGCAGCUGUUUCGCGAGGGCUGCUUGCUUGGCUAUCCACCGAGGAUGCUGUACAUGUUGCUCAAGAUGCACGCCCAGCCGAGGAGCCUCAAGGGGUACGGCACCUUCUCCGACAUGGUGCAGGUGGACCAAGGCAUUCUAGCUGGAUGCACGCAUGCCGUCUGCAUGCUUGAAUGUCUCACGUUACGUGCCAUCCUACGCUUGCGUGACAACUACGCUGGAGUUGUGCCACGGGCUCUUGUUGAUGAUGUGUCGGUCCAGUACGUUGGGCCUGACCCCAAGGGCAUACUGGCCCUUGAUUUGGCUGUGCGGAUAUUUCAGGAGGACUCGAGAGUGCUUGGUUCUUGCGUCAAUGACAAGAAGUCGGGGCUGGUUGCCGCGACG